AUGGCAUUCAGCAUCGUGACAGCGCCAUUUCACCCGGCUUCAAACGGGUUAGCAGAGCGUUUCGUGCGUACUUUUAAGACAUCUGUGAAGAAAAACCUUGAUGACAGUAUGCCAAUUAGUGAAGCAGUUAUCAAAUUUUUAGUGACCUACCGCUCUAUGAUAAAUUCUAACAAUAAGUCUCCUGCAGAGUUGCUACACGGCAGAACGGCUCGAACGCUUCUUACACAGAUUUUACCGGUUACAAAAUUAUCAAAAAAGCAACCAGUGACGACAAAAUUCGGCAAGGAUUGCAAAGUUUUUUUACGCAACUAUAGUAGCGGUCCUAAAUGGGUCGAAGGAAUAAUUGAGAAAUCUUUGGGAAAUAGGGUCUACUUAGUUAAGACACCGACUGGUCAAUGUAAGCGUCAUCAAAAUCAACUUCAAGCGCGCCAGUCAACACCGCCGCAACCAACUGCCUAUGAACCAUCAAAACAACAUCAGCAGUCAACUAUCGAUGAACCAUUAAAACAACAGCAGCAGUCAACCAUCAAGGAACCGUCACAACAAGAAACAACGAGUAUGCCGAUUUCAAUCAGAAGAUUUCAGAACUUAAGGGGUGGAUAA